CUCUUGGACAAACCUCCAAUCGCCAAAACCCACUCCCUCGCCGUGAUAGAUGGUGCCCUCGACGUCAUUGAGAAAGGAAGUAAUUCACCCCUGUCAAACAGAGGGGAAAUCAACAAAAUCGCUCCUCCAAUUUCAAUCCCGACCAGCGCCAGAGGUGGAUGAGUUUUGUAACGAACCAUCGAGAGAAGACGACGCGAGCAGAAGGAGGGAGGUGUUUGGGUCUCGACGGUAACGAUUAUCGUGGUCGCGGUCCCUUCUCCUCGAUCGAUGGCCUACCGGCGCCUUCACCACCAACCUCCUCCCUCUCUCUAAUCGACAAUCGAGCCCACAAAAAGCUCGACAUCGCCGCCAUCAACUCAGAUCUGGUGCGGAGGAAGCAGAUAUCGGGGAAUGAGAGAGGAUCGUUGGAGAGAGAGUUGAAGGGCGGUGGGUUUAUAGCAGCGACGGUGUGAGGGAGAAGACGAACAGCCACCAGUUCGUUCGGCUGAGGGAGAAGACGAACAAAACCUGAAUCGGGUCCGAAUCCAUCGAUCUUGACGACGGAGUGGAAUCUGAGGGGACGGCGACCGCGGUGGAGGAACAAGGAAAAAGAAGAAAAGAGCCCUGCCCGCGGUCGAGGACGAAGAAGAGGAAAAGGAACCAGUCCCAGUCAAAAGCCCUGCCCUGCGCCCCCGCAGAUCUUCUUCCACAGCCGCUCGUUCCACCCCGACGGCGUCUUACCCUUGAACGCACCGGCGUGGAAGUACACCAACACCGGCAGCUUCCUCUUCUCUUUGUCUCGUCUGGGGAUGUAGAGGCGGGUCUCGGCGGAAGAAGGGGUUGAAUCAGUGGGAAUGAGGCGGAGGGAGGAAGAGAUAAGGGUAGGACCGUAGGAGGUUGGGGGUUUUUGGGGUUUUUUUUCUUCUUAUUUAUUGAAUUAGAAAAUUAAGAAAUAUUUUAUUUAAUGACAUGGCACCAUGUAUAAGCCACGUCAGUAGUUCUUUGAUGAGUCACUAAUGGAAUAAGUGUUUGACCGUUAAUAUUAACGAUCAACACAAGUUUCGGGCCAAAUUUGUCCAAUAAUUUCAAAAGUAGGCCAUAAAUGUCUUAUUUGAAAAAUGGGGCCAAAACUGUCACUCACGCUAAACUUCAGGCCAAACUAGGGUAUUAACCCUAUUAGUUAUGCAUGUGUUUUAUUGCAAAAAAAUGUACGUGUUUGCUAAGAAAGAUCAUAUCUCUUACGAUGAUCAACUUCUCUAAUCUUGCCUCAUUUUCAUGUGAAUUUUCAUGAAGUCUCCUAACGAUUUUAUGUUAACAUAUGUCUAUCAAGAGACCCAAAUUUAGUAUAUUAUAUAACAGAGUAAAUACAUUUUAUUAAUAAAAUAUUUCAAAAAAAAUUCAAAAUACAAAGUAAAAUACAAUGUUGACUCAACAACAUGAUGAUGAGUUGGAAGAGACACAUGACUGUAUAUAAUCCAAUUUAGUAUUUUAAUUAAAAAAGAGUUACAAAAUUAUUAAUGAUAACAAACAAAUGGUUAAUAUUUUGAUGUGAUACAAAAUAUGUGGCUAAUCAUUUAUAGUUUGAAAGGUUUGGCUAAUAAUUUAAAAAAACUGAAAGGUUUAGCUAUUUAAAUGUUAUUUAAUCAAUAUGUAUCAAUUGCUAAGCUGUCUCCUCCCACAUUUUGCCACGGCCACUACUGAAGAUCUAUACCAGAUCUGCUCUGUCCAAUCCUCACCUUUGUCCACCAAUUCACGGCCCAUAUAGUAACAUCGCCAGCUGAAUUUUAAAUUGUCCUCAUGCACCAUUUCUCACAGGCGCCACCAAAUUGUGGAUAUUGUUAGUUUCGUCUAACCGGGUAUUUCCACUCUCUAUUGCAUUUAACACCCGUUAUUUGGUUUGCUUGCCUUCACUCAAAAUUUCUCCUCCUAACGACAAAUCAAAAGGUAAUGGCCUAACACCUACUUAGCAUAUGACGUAAACUGAAAAUUUACUUAAUAAGAUUUAUUCAAAUAUUUUUGUUUAAACAAUCGCGAUACAUGUCAGCCUAACAUUAGUAUACUGUUGCUGCACAUAUAUACUACAAAAGGUACAAAUGAAUUAUUAAAUAAAAACAAAAGAAAACAUUAAAUGAAGAUAGAGAUAGCUACAUAAAUUGAGCAUUAACUUACUUUUGUGUUUGUAAAAAAAGUGUCAACCAUGAUAAUUUAUAAAUUCUCAAGUGCUUAUGUGGCAACAAACUAUUGUUGAAUUG